CUCUACGCCCGACGCCCCAUGCAGUGUUACCAAAUCCGCAUCCUGGGUUGCCUGGCGCACUGUCAUUUCCCAAGCCCGCUGCAGCAAUACUUAAAUACAUUGCGGCCUCGUGUCGUCUUGUGGUUUUCUUUCAUUGUGUUGGGAUUCCGCAACCGGUCAUCGCGUCGCUUUUCACGUGCUCGCUUACUUUCACCGACGUUGAAAGACGGUCACUUGGGAAAACACACAUUCCUUCAGCUUCACCCUAGCCUCUGGCCUGAUCGUCCCGGACUUCCAGACACUGAUAUUUAGUCGACUCCGCUGAACGUUCGCUCUUCCACUACCACAUUUUUCAUUCUCCGACUCCAAGUUUUAUACACCCGUCACCAUGACUACCAUCCAGAAACAAGAGUGGCACCACUCCGGUGCCUCGUGCUGCAGUCCAAUUGGCACUUGCUGCUUGGCUUGGUGGUGCCCCUGCAUUCUCUUCGGCCGUACCCGCUACCGAACCAAGAACAAUGGCAACAUGAGCGGCCAUUCCUGCUGCAACGGCUCCUGUGCUGCCUUCUGCGGUCUCAUGUGUCUCGGCGUCCCCUUCAUUCUCCCCUGGAUCAACCGCGGCGACAUGCGCGCCAAGUACCACCUCAAGGGCAACGGCUGCACCGACUGCCUCUGCGCCUGCUGCUGCACCCCGUGCGAUAUGGUGCAGCAGGAGAAGGAAGUCAUCUACCGCGAGAACCAGCCCUUGAUGCAGCAGCCGGGCAAGGAGCAUAUGAACUAUGCACAGCAGCAGUAUGCCCCGCAGCAGCAACAGUACGCCCCGCAGCAGCAGCAGCCGCACUUCCACCACGGUUAGAGCGCGCGUCGACGGGACGUGA